AUGUCAGGUUGCAACUUUGGAGAUGAAGGACUAUUCUUCCUUGCAGAGAGCUUAGCUUAUAACCAGGUUGCUGAAGAAGUAAAUUUUGCUGCUAAUGGAAUAACUGCUGAAGGAAUAUUUAAAGCUUUUGAUGGUAUUUUACAAUCAAACAUUUCUCUGAAGGUUCUUAACUUAUCAAGAAACAAUAUUAGGGAUGAAGGAGCUAAGGGAGCAAAGGCCAUUGCUGAGUUGCUAAAGAAGAACUCAACCUUGAGGACAAUUGAACUCAACAACAAUUUGAUUGAUUAUUCUGGAUUCUCAGGUCUAGCUGAAGCACUUCUUGAAAAUAAAUCGUUGAAUAGUUUAUAUCUAAAAGGACCCCAACCGGAUGAAGCAACCUCAGGGCCCUUCUGUCCACCUGAAUGA